UCUAAUAAUUUCAUUUGUUAUUUCUUUAUCUAUUAUAACUCAUCCACACCUACCUUUAUAUAUAUAUAUAUAUAGAGAGAGAGGUACAUACAUAUAACAUAACCACAUCAAUUGCAACCAAUCUUGAUCUAGAGAGAAAAAGAGAGAAAAUAUAUCUAUAUAUAUAUACACACCCAAUUAAUUAGUUUGUACUAAUUAAUCAAAACAAAAAUGUUGAAGCCUCAUGUUCAAGUUACUAGUGGCCAAACUAGUGUUGUUCUAAACAAACCAUUCAUCCAUGGAAAUUAUCAUUUUCAAUCUCCAUUUUCAUUGUUAGUGCCCUCUAAACACACUAACAAAAAUAAUGUUGGUGUUUCAAUUUCUCAUCGUGGCAAAGGCAAUAAUAUUAUCAAAGCUAGUUUACUUGGCCGAUUGGUAUCAAGUAAAGACAAAACAGCCACUGAAAGAGUUACAGUUAAUGUUGCGGUACAACGUGAAACAGCUCCAUUAAUUGAGAAACCCCAGAGUUUGAGGGAUAAAACUAAUGAUUUUCUUGGUGUAGCAAAUUUCAGUGUUGAGCUCAUUAGUGCUCAAAAAGAUCCUGAAACUGGAAAGCAAAGAAAGAUGAAAUGUUUCCCAGAAUCAAAAAAAGGUGGGAAAAAGGACAAGGUGAUGAACUAUGAAGCAAAGGUUGAUAUUCCAAAGGAUUUUGGUGAUGUUGGUGCUGUUAUUAUUGAAAAUGAUUUCGAAAGAGAGAUUUACAUGAAAACUAUUUCACUCCAUUACCACUCUUCCGACGAUAAGUUUGUUAAUUUCUCCUGUGAAUCAUGGGUUCAAUCCAAGCGCGAUGUCCCCCGCGAUCAACAAUUGAGGCUCUUUUUCUCCGACAAGUCAUAUUUACCAUCACAAACACCAAGUGGGCUAAAGGAAUUGAGAAAUGAAGAACUGAAAAGAUUGAGAGGAAAUGGGAAAGGAGAGAGAAAGGAGUAUGAGAGAGUUUAUGAUUAUGAUGUGUACAAUGAUCUUGGUGAUCCUGAUAAAACCUCAGACCUCACUAGACCAGUUCUUGGUGGUUCCCAACGUCCUUAUCCAAGACGUUGCAGGACUGGUCGUCCUCCAGCUAAAACUGACUUAUCAUCGGAGUCAAGGAGUGAUAAGGCGUUCUAUGUUCCUCGAGAUGAAACAUUUGCUGAAGUGAAACAAAGUGAUUUCGGGUCGAGGAGAAUGCAAUUAGCGUUAAAAACCCUACUUCCAUUCUUAGAAAACAACAUGUUCGAUGAAAAAUUCCCGAAUUUCACAGAUAUUGACAAGAUGUUCAAAGAAGGCUACGAAAUUACUGAUAAAUCAAUUUCGGGAGAUAAGUCACUCAAAGAAAUGUUGUUGUUACAUGUUGGAACUAAACUCCACUCAUCUGUUUUGGUUGCUGAGAGCCUUGUUGAUAAUGUCAUCAAGUUUAAACAACCACCCACUGCUGAUAUGGACAAGUUCUUUUGGUUUAGAGAUGAAGAAUUUGCUAGACAAACUAUUGCUGGUCUCAACCCUUGUUGUCUUCAAUUAGUGACGGAAUGGCCACUAAAGAGUGAACUCGACCCUUCUAUUUAUGGUCCCCAAGAAUCAAAAAUCACUACAGAAAUCGUUGAACAACAACUUAAAGCUUAUGACUAUACACUGCUCGAUGCUAGAAGAGAGAAGAAGUUGUACUUAUUAGAUUACCAUGAUGUGUUACUACCAUAUGUGAGUAAAGUAAGGAAAUUGGAAAAAAGAACACUCUAUGGAUCAAGAACCUUAUUUUUCUUAACUCCAUAUGGGACAUUAAUGCCUAUGGCUAUUGAGUUAACUAGGCCACCCAUGGAUGGUAAGCCACAAUGGAAGGAAGUCUAUACCCCAAAUAGUAAUUGGCAUUCUACUGAUAUUUGGCUUUGGAAACUUGCAAAAGCUCAUGUCCUUGCUCAUGAUGCCGGUGUUCACCAACUCGUUAGUCAUUGGCUAAGGACACAUUGUUGUGUUGAACCUUAUGUGAUUGCAACAAAUAGACAACUUAGUGCGAUGCACCCGAUCAACAGAUUGUUGCAACCGCAUUUGAGGUAUACGAUGGAGAUUAAUGCUCUUGCUCGAAAUACUUUGAUUAACGCAGGCGGUGUUAUUGAAAGUACUUUUGCACCUGGAAAAUAUUGUCUUGAGCUUAGUUCUGUUAUCUAUGAUAAGCAAUGGAGAUUCGAUCUACAAGGCUUACCUGCUGACCUAGUCCACAGAGGUAUGGCAGUUGAGGAUGAGACAUGUGAGCAUGGUCUAAGACUAACAAUCGAUGACUACCCUUACGCCAACGAUGGUCUCCUAAUAUGGGACGCCAUUAAAGAAUGGGUUACUGAGUAUGUUAAACAUUACUAUGCCAACUCAAGCGAGGUUGAGAGUGAUGAGGAGCUACAAGAAUGGUGGAAGGAGAUCCGAACAGUCGGUCAUGCUGAUAAGAAGGAGGGUUGGCCUGACCUAAAGACACGUGAAGACCUCAUAGAUAUUGUGACAAACAUAGCAUGGAUCGCAUCUGGUCACCAUGCUGCUGUCAACUUUGGACAAUAUGCUUUUUCAGCCUAUUUCCCAAACCGACCUUCGCUCACAAGAACCAACAUGCCUUCAGAAGAAAAAGAAUCAAAACCCGAGGUUUGGAAAGCCUUUAAGGCGAAUCCAGAAGACACAAUUCUUAAGUGCUUCCCUUCACAGCUUCAAGCAGCAAAGAAUAUGGCUGCAUUAGACUUGUUGUCUACUCAUGCGAGCGAUGAGGAAUAUUUAGGGCAUCAUGUUGAGUCUGCUUGGAAGGAAGAUUCUAAGAUCUUAGACUCAUUUAAGAAAUUCCAACAAAGGAUUAAGCAAAUUGAAGAUAUUAUUGAUGAGAGGAAUGAUGAUGAGAAUCUUAAGAAUAGACAUGGAGCUGGGAUUUUGCCUUAUGAGUUUCUUAAGCCAUUUUCAGAGGAAGGUAUCACAAACAAGGGUGUCCCAUACAGCAUUUCCAUUUAAAAGAAGUGCCAUAAAUAUUAUGAAAGCAAUAAGUGCAAUAAAUAACAAACUAUUUUAAAUAAUGGCUAGCUAGCUAUAGCUAUUUAGCCAAUUGGUUGUAACUCUUAUUUUCAUGAACAUUUCAUGAUAUGUAUGGGAAAUAACAAAACAUGAAUUAUCACAAA